AUGUACAAAGUCGCCAAAGCAUCGGAGUACCUGGCCAUCACCGGCAUCGGGAUCACCGACAUCAAGCUCGCGAAGAAAUCGUUGAUCCUCCCCGGCCAAUCAUGCACCCGGUUCGACAUGUCGCCGGUCAACUACACGUUCGAGGUGCAGGCCAUGUCGGCAGAGAAGCUCCCCUUCGUCCUCCCGGCCGUCUUCACCAUCGGCCCCCGAAUCGACGACACCGAGAGCCUCCUGCUCUACGCGAAGCUCCUCUGCUCGCACGACAAGUACUCCAGCCACGUCAACGAGCUGGUGAAGGGGAUCAUCGAGGGCGAGACACGUGUCCUCGCCGCGUCGAUGACCAUGGAGGAGAUCUUCAGGGGGACCAAGGAGUUCAAGAAGGAGGUGUUUGAGAAGGUCCAGCUCGAGCUCAACCAGUUCGGCCUUAUCAUCUACAACGCCAACGUCAAGCAGUUGAAGACGCAGAUGGAGGCGGCGAACCAGGCGAAGAUCGACGUGGCGGAGGCGAGGAUGAAGGGCGAGAUCGGCGCCAAGGAGAGGGACGGCCAGACGAAGCAGAACGCCGCCAAGAUCGACGCCCAGACCAAGAUCGUGUCCACGCAGAGGGCCGGCGACGGCCAGAAGGAGGAGAUCGACGUCAGGACCAAGGUGAAGAUCUUCGAGAACAAGAGGGAGGCCGAGGUCGCCGAGGCCGACGCCGAGCUGGCCAAGAAGAAGGCCGGGUGGAGCCGGGAGUCCAAGGUGGCGGAGGUGGAAGCCAACAAGGCGGUGGCGCUCAGGGACGCGGAGCUGCAGAAGGAAGUGGAGGUGCAAGAGGCGAACUGGGAGCUAUACACAAAGCAAAAAGCCGCGGAGGCAGUGCUGUACCAGAAGGAGAAGGAAGCAGAGGCGCAGAUGGCGGCGUCGAAGGCGGCGUUCUUCGCGCGGCAGCAGGCGGCAGAGGCGGAGCUCUACUCCAAGCUGAAGGAAGCAGAGGGACUCGUGGCCCUGGCCAAAGCACAGGGCGCGUACCUGAGAACCCUCCUGGACGCGCUGGGAGGCAACUACGCGGCGCUGAGGGAUUACCUGAUGAUCGACGGCGGCAUGUUUCAGGCGAUGGCUAGGAUCAACGCCGAGGCGGUUCGCGGGAUGCAGCCCAAGCUCAGCAUUUGGACCACCGACGACGGCAUGGGAGGCGGCGGCGGCGGUGGUGAUGGCGUGAGCGAGAAUGGCGGCGGCGGCGGCGGGAGUGGUGGUGGGAUGAAGGAGAUUGCUGGUGUUUAUAAGAUGCUGCCGCCGUUGCUUCAGACCGUUGAGGAUCAGACUGGGAUGCGGCCGCCGGCGUGGCUGGCAACGUUGCCGACUGGGAAGUAGUUAUUGCGGACUAUAUAAUCGUGAUCUGUCUAAAUUAAAGCGGCGGUCUUGUUUAUGAUUAUUUUUAAUUUCUUUUUGGUAAUUACUGGUACAGUGUGGUUAAUUAGCUAAUAAUUAUAUGGUGUGGAGGUUGCAUGUACAAGUGUAAAGUUUUUUUUGUUAAUGAAGUUAUAAUGAAUUCAAUAACUAAAUUUGAAUCUCAUUUACAGUCAAAGAUGUUAGGGUUAAAAUGAGGAUUUUGAC